AAUAAUAAAAAAACACAAAAUAAAAAAACGAAGGGUUUUAGCUUUAGCUUUAGCUUUGUCACUCUAAUGGCCAAAAUCCUUCUCUGUUCUUCUGCGUCUCUCACAGACCCACUUGCCUUCCCUUCAAUAAAAUAAUCCAACUUUACCCUCAAAAACCCCAUUAAAUUACUGGGUCUGCUCUCCAAAACCAAAACGGCUCGUCUUCUCCUCUGCACUGGUAGUACUACUACUCCCACUACGAAGCUGGGCAAAAAAUUUACAGAGGUGGUUGCCAUGGGGUUCUCCACUACCGCUUCACAAUUUCACCCUUUUAGACCACUUUACCCCUCUUCUCUUAAACUCUUACACCCUUGCCCUUGCUUCUCUUCUUCUCGCCAUCCCCUUCCCAGGUUUUGGGUAGAGCCUUCAGGGUUAGUAGUUAACCUGCCAGGAAGAGAUGAGAAGAGGAGAUUGACUUCUAUAAAUUAUGCUACUGCCUGCAGUCUAGAGACUGUGCCGAAACUUGUGGGCGGUUCUAAAAGAUCGUGGCAUCAGGAGGCUCAAAGAUUGCACAAAGAUAGACCCCAACAAAAGAGUAAGAUACUACCGGAUUAUAACAUGGGAAAUACUCGAGUUAAGAAUGAGAUUGCUGAAGAUAGUAGUGAUUACGUAGUCAGUGGGAAUGCUCGAGUUACGAAUUCUAUUGCUAAAGAAGGCAGUCGUUAUACAGUCGUAAAUAAAUCCAAGAUUGCUAACCCGAAAGUUGUCCCUAAGCAAGGAAGUGAAAAUGAAAGGCUAGAGAGAGCACGGGCUAUAGCUGCAGACUACAUGAAUAAUCAGGCAAUUGAUAGAGUAAUGCUGAAUGGUUCCUCUGUGCCUAAAAGUUUGAAACUGGAUGCACAAACGGACACCUUAUCGACGGUGAAGAUAUUGGAGAAUGAGAAAGGGAGACAUUGCAAUGAAAUUGAAGAUGUGGGUGUCAAUCAAACUGAUCAUAUGCUGACCAAUGGAAAAAUUGCUACAAUUAGUGAUGCCAAAAAAUCCUCUAACACCAAGGAGGCAACUAAUCCUCCGGAUGUUAGGACGAGACUUACUAGUAUUUAUGGAAACAUUCUGGUUGUUAAUGAUGUUCUUAUGGCGGAUAAAGUUGUAAGCAAGCUUACAAAUGAAUAUAGGCAUCUUGUCCAUGCAUGCGAUACUGAGGUGGCCAAGAUCGAUGUGAAACAAGAAACACCCAUUGACCAUGGAGAGGUAAUCUGCUUCAGUAUUUAUUCUGGACCGGAUGCAGAUUUUGGAGAUGGGAAAUCAUGUAUCUGGGUAGAUGUUUUGGAUGGUGGUGGCAGGGAUCUCUUGGUUAAGUUUAGGCCCUUUUUCGAGAAUCCAGAAAUCAAAAAGGUUUGGCAUAACUAUAGUUUUGACAAACAUGUCAUUCAAAACUAUGGAUUUCCUGUUUGUGGAUUUUAUGCAGACACCAUGCACAUGGCACGGUUGUGGAAUUCAUCACGGCGUACAGAAGGGGGAUACUCUCUUGAAGCUCUUACUGGUGACAAAAAAAUCAUGAGUGAGGUUCGGUCGUGCUUUGCAGAGUUGAUAGGUAAAGUAUCAAUGAAAACUAUCUUUGGUAAGAACAAGUUGAAAAAAGAUGGAUCUGAAGGAAAAAUGAUCACCAUCGCUCCUGUUGAAGAGCUACAAAGAAAAGAACAGAAUCUGUGGAUUUGUUAUUCUGCCUUAGAUGCUAUAAGCACAUGGCAGCUCUACGAGAGCUUGAAACGCAAACUAUUCCGCAUGCCAUGGAAACUUAAUGGAAAACAACUUAGUAAAUCUAUGUUUGACUUCUACAUGGAAUACUGGAGACCAUUUGGUGAGCUCUUAGUCGGAAUGGAAACUGAGGGGAUACUCGUUGAUCGACCAUAUCUUGCUGAGAUUGAGAAGGUUGCCAAAGCUGAACAAAAAAGUGCUGUUAAUAGAUUUCGAAGUUGGGCAUGCAAGUAUUGCCCUGAUGCCAAGUAUAUGAAUGUAGGAAGCGAUACACAACUCCGCCAGUUAUUUUUCGGUGGUGUUGCAAACAGUAAGGACUCUGUAGAAAUUCCUCCGAUUGAAAAGAAAAUUAAAGUUCCCAAUGUCGAUAACGUGAUUGAAGAAGGCAAGAAGGCUCCCAAAAAAUUCCGCACUAUUUCUUUGUGUAGAAUUGGUGAAUUUCCUGCUGAGAUAUAUACAGCCUCUGGUUGGCCCUCUGUCAGUGGCAAUGCUUUGAAGAUCUUAGCAGGAAAGGUUUCUGCUGAGUAUGAUUUUAUGGAUGAUAGCGUGGAGGAUGGCUUUGAGACAAUUAACGGUUCAGACACAGAAGUAGUACCUGUUUUCAAAGAUGUAGACACAUCUGCUUAUGGAACAGCUUUGAAGGCAUUUCCAUCAAAAGAAGAAGGAAUUGAGGCUUGCCAUGCAAUUGCUUCUUUGUGUGAAGUUUGCUCUAUUGACUCUUUGAUAUCUAACUUCAUCCUCCCUUUGCAGGGGAGUAAUGUAUCAGGCAAGGAGGGGCGCGUUCAUUGUUCCCUUAAUAUCAAUACUGAAACUGGGCGCUUAUCAGCUAGGAGACCCAAUUUGCAGAACCAGCCUGCCUUGGAGAAGGACAGGUAUAAGAUUCGUCAGGCGUUUGUUGCUGCACCUGGAAAUUCCCUUAUCGUUGCUGAUUAUGGCCAGUUGGAACUUAGGAUUCUUGCACAUCUUGCCAAUUGUAAGAGCAUGUUGGAAGCCUUCAAAGCUGGUGGAGAUUUUCAUUCAAGAACAGCAAUGAACAUGUAUCAGCAUAUUCGAGAUGCAGUUGAUGAAGGAGAAGUGAUUCUUGAGUGGUAUCCUCAACCUGGUGAGGAGAAACCUCCAGUUCCUCUAUUGAAGGAUGCUUUUGGUGCUGAAAGAAGAAAGGCUAAAAUGCUCAACUUUUCUAUUGCUUAUGGAAAAACACCUAUGGGUCUUGCCAGGGAUUGGAAGGUCUCUGUAGAGGAGGCUCAGGAGACUGUUGAUCUCUGGUAUAAAGAAAGACAAGAAGUGCUUCAAUGGCAGGAAACUCGCAAGAGAGAAGCGAGAAAAGAUGGACGUGUUCACACAUUACUUGGACGGGCUCGUGUCUUUCCUUCACUUGCUAAUGCAAGUAAUGCUCAAAAAAGACACAUUGAACGGGCUGCUAUAAACACACCUGUGCAGGGUAGUGCUGCUGAUGUUGCUAUGUGUGCCAUGUUACAAAUAUCACGUAAUCAACGUCUACAGAAACUUGGAUGGAAGCUUCUUUUACAGAUUCAUGAUGAAGUAAUCUUGGAAGGACCUUCGGAGUCUGCUGAGGUUGCUAAGGACAUCGUUGUCGAGUGCAUGUCCAAACCCUUUUUUGAUGGAGUGAAUUUUCUCAAAGUUGAUUUAUCUGUUGAUGCAAAAUGUGCUCAAAACUGGUACUCUGCAAAGUAAUAUUUCAGUUCCGUUUGAAGAUCAACGUUCAUUGGAAUCAGGUUUCAUAUUCCUCGGGGCGAAGUUCUGCCAUGAAAAUAUUGCAAUGCUGUUUGGUGAAUAGUAAGUACUCUUCUUUGAAUAUAAAUGCAAAGCACAAUGAUCAAGUUUGUUAAGCAGCAGCACAGUUUUGGUCAAGGAUAGGAUGCAAUUACGCAUCUCGUGCUGCUCUGGCGGCAUUCUUUUGGUAAAUUCAAGGAAACCGACUAUGAAAAUGGAAUACAAUUAUUUUCCUGUAAAAUUCCAGGCGGUGGUGAGAAGGAUCGUCUUAGAUCCCUGUACUAUUUUAAUCUGUACAAUUGUAAUGAGCUUUUGACGAGUGAAGGGUAUCAUUUUUCUGUAAAUUCCUUGAUCUUGUAACCCCCAUGUUAAUGUUAAUUUUAUCCUGUGUUAACUGCCUUUA